AAGCACAAGUAGUAGCGAGCGGCGACGGUAGUGUGUUUUUCGCGUGAAUGUAUGCGCGCGCUAGUGUUGUGUGCGCGUGAGUGUGAGAGUGUGCGAGCAGAGCAGCAGCGAACCGCCGAGAGUGUGUGUAUGUGUGCGUGUGUGUGUGUAUGUGUGCGUAUGCGAACGGUGAUAUAUAGAUAACAGCACCGCGCGCGCGUUUUUGGGCACUACGCGCCACCUCACUGCCCGUUCACCGUGCUCGCGCACCGUUCGCUCCCACCGUUCCCAACGACCACUGUCACACGCACACAUACACACACGGGCACACGCACACACGCACACAUAUACACACACACACACUCCUCGGCCCGUGUACAUCGUCCGCCACCGCUACUGCUCGCCGCGUAUAGUGGUGUCGUCGUCGCCGCCGCCGCCGCUGCCGCCGCCGCAGCCGCCGUCGUCGUCGUUGUCACCGCCGCCGCCGCUGCCGCCGCCGCCGCCGCCGUCGCCGUCGUCGUCGUCGUCGUCGUCGUCGUCGCCCCGUCGUUAUUGUUUUCGUGGUGGUGCGAACGAGUAACAACAAUAACAAUAAAACCGGUGUCGCCUCUAAACGAGCCGUAGCCUAGUGCUGGCCUCCGCCCCGCCGUCGCCGCCGCCGCCGCAGCAGCAGCCGCAGCCGCCCUCCCGCCGGAAAGCCACAAAAAUAGGCUGGCCUAAUGUUAUGGGGUGUUUUGGAAGCGCCGCGGCCAAGACGGACCACGACGAUGCGAAAAAGGGCAAGGAGACGAACAAAAAGAUAAACCAGCAGCUGCAAAAGGACAAACAGGUGUACAGGGCCACACACAGAUUACUGUUGUUGGGAGCUGGAGAAUCUGGUAAAAGCACAAUUGUUAAACAAAUGCGAAUAUUGCACGUAAAUGGAUUUAGUGAAGAAGAGAAAAAACAAAAAAUUGAAGAUAUUAAAAAAAAUAUUAGAGAUGCCAUAUUGACAAUUACAGGUGCCAUGAGCACACUCACCCCACCAGUACAAUUAGAACACCCAGAAAAUCAAUUUAGAGUCGAUUACAUGCAAGAUGUUGCUUCCCAACAUAACUUUGAAUAUACGACGGAGUUUUAUGAACACACAGAAAUACUGUGGAAAGAUAGAGGUGUACAGUCUUGUUUUGACAGAUCUAAUGAAUAUCAACUCAUUGACUGUGCAAAAUAUUUCCUUGAUCAAGUACACAUUAUCAAGCAAGUAAAUUAUACCCCUUCAGAACAAGACAUACUUAGGUGCCGUGUUUUAACUUCUGGUAUAUUUGAAACACGAUUUCAAGUUGAAAAAGUUAAUUUUCAUAUGUUUGAUGUGGGAGGCCAAAGAGAUGAAAGGCGUAAAUGGAUACAGUGUUUUAAUGAUGUCACUGCCAUCAUAUUUGUGACUGCUUGUAGUAGUUACAAUAUGGUCCUUAGGGAGGAUCCCACUCAAAACCGACUUCGUGAGUCAUUAGACUUGUUCAGAAGUAUAUGGAACAACAGAUGGUUGAGAACGAUAUCAGUGAUAUUGUUUCUGAAUAAACAAGACUUAUUAGCCGAAAAAAUCAAGGCUGGUAAAUCUCGGCUAGAAGAUUAUUUCGCAGAAUUCACCCGUUACCAAACGCCAAUGGAUGCUACUCCAGAUCCAGGAGAAGACCCUCCAGUUAUUCGCGCCAAAUAUUUCAUCCGAGAUGAGUUCCUUCGCAUUAGUACUGCCAGUGGCGAGGGUAAACAUUACUGUUAUCCACAUUUCACCUGCGCUGUUGACACUGAGAACAUCAGACGUGUGUUCAAUGACUGUCGCGACAUCAUACAGAGGAUGCACCUGCGCCAGUACGAGUUGCUAUGAUCUCUCCCUUACCCACUCACAUAUACAUACACAGGUCUCUUCAUUAUUCUGCAGCAAUUUUGAAUUUUCAGAAUCACAGGUUAUCAAAUCCAAAAUCAUUUCAACAAACCUAAACAUUUCAGUAGUAUGUAAUUAAAUUGAUUCUUUGUGGUGAGCGUUCUUUUACAAGCAGCCAAAUAAGGAUUUUGCAAAAAGAAUACAUAUCUAGAUAUUAGGACCUUUGAAGAUGUAUAGGUACCUAUGUUUGCCUAGUCACAAUUUUAGAUAAUUUAUUAGUAGAAGUAGUUUAAAAAAAUUAACAAUUAAACUUAAAUCCUAUAAAAGUAUUUAAUUUUUAAUUUAAUAUCUGUUUCAUUAUGUUGUUCAAUGUCUAGUACAAUGAAUAUUAUAAAAUAUAUUCACCAAUAAAUACAUUUGUUUUUUUUU